AUGUUUUCUGAAGUUCAACCGGCGCACACACAACACCUAGCCGGUCUUCGCAGCUCCGACUUAAGAGAAAUGUUCCGUCUUCGCGAUCUAGCGGAAUAUGUAUUGAAAACAAAGCAUAGAUGGGCCCUUCACACUAUGAGAAGAUGGACUAAAAGAACACUAAAGUGGAUCCCAAGAGAUGCUAAACGCCCUCGAGGGAGACCUCCAACGAGAUGGGGUGACGUGUUAGCUACACGGAUGGACCAGCUGAGAGCUCAGCUGCAUACGGCUCAAGGACCUCGUCAACGUCACUCGCGAUAUUUGAGAACAUCUUGGAUGACAAUGGCGAGGAAACGAAACGAGUGGAAGAAAUGCUGGGGCCCGCACGUUCAGUGA